AUGUUCUUCCUGAGAGAAUUGACACAUACAAUCUUAUUACAUCCAUCAUAUUUCGGUGCUCAACUGGAAGAUUAUCUACGACAAAAGUUGUAUGAAGAUGUUGAAGGUACAUGUAGUGGUAAACAUGGUUAUAUCAUUUCGGUGAUUACCAUAUCAGACAUUGGUGAAGGUAAAAUACAACCUUCCACAGGUCAAGCAAAAUUCAAGACUACCUACACUGCAAUCGUAAUGAAACCUUUUAAAGGUGAAGUAGUCGAUGGUAAAGUAGUUAACGUGAAUAAGAUGGGUUUCUUCGCUAUGGUUGGUCCAUUACAAGUGUUUGUUUCAUGUCAUCUCACACAUGGAGAUAUGCAAUAUGAUCCAAAUGCAUCACCGCCAUGUUAUCGAUCGAACGACGAAGUGAUUCAGAAAGAUACGAAAGUGCGAAUGCAAAUUGUAGGUUGUAGAGUCGAAGCGAACGACAUUUUUGCCAUCGGAACGAUAAAGAAAGAUUUCUUGGGUCAAAUAAGAGAAGACUAG